UUUGAAUCCAAGAUGGCAGCGUGCGUACCGCUGUCUGUGAAGAUGUCACCCUCAGCUUCAUUGGGCUUUAGGGUUCUUUUAAAAGAGCAAUAUUACUCCGGAAAGCUGCUGAAAUCUCUCACAGGGCUCCACAGAAGAGGUUACUCUGUGAAAGUCCAGCAGGCGGAGGAGGAGAGCGGUGUUAGCGCCGCCGGCUUCAGCGGCCCCCUGGAUCACUACACCGGGCUGAUCAGUGAUGGGACGUUGAGGGAGGAUGAGCACCAGAAAGCGGUGCUGCAGAAACUGGACCAGCUGCACAAAACACUGAAAGGAUACAGCAACACCCCGACAUCCAUCUUUUCCAAGUUUUUCACAAAACCGAAGCCCCCAAAAGGUUACUACAUCUACGGUGAUGUUGGCACCGGGAAAACUAUGGUCAUGGACAUGUUUUAUUCAUACGUGGAGACUGAGAAGAAGAAGAGGGUUCAUUUCCAUGGUUUUAUGUUGGAUGUGCAUAAAAGGAUUCAUCGGCUGAAACAGAGUAUGCCAAAAAGGAAAGCAGGAAAAAUGGCCAAAUCUUAUGAUCCCAUUGCUCCGGUUGCUGAGGAGAUCAGUGAGGAGGCUUGUCUGUUGUGCUUCGAUGAGUUUCAGGUCACUGAUAUCGCAGACGCCAUGAUUCUCAAACAGCUUUUUGAGAAUCUGUUUCUGAACGGUGUUGUUGUUGUGGCCACUUCUAAUCGUCCCCCUGAAGACUUGUAUAAAAACGGCCUGCAGAGAGUCAACUUUGUGCCUUUUAUCGCAGUGUUACAGAAAUAUUGCCAUACACUUCGCCUGGAUUCUGGGAUUGACUACCGCAAACAGAAUAGACCCUCUUCUGGAAAACUCUACUUUCUUUCCAGUGAGCCUGAUGCAGAAGCCACACUUGAUAAGAUGUUUGAUGAGCUGGCUUUUAAACAGAAUGACAUAACACGACCAAGAGUUAUGAAUGUCCACAACAGAAAAGUCCGACUGAACAAAGCAUGUGGGACCAUUGUGGACUGUACGUUUGAGGAGCUUUGUGAUAGACCUUUAGGGGCCAGUGACUACCUAGAGAUAUCCAGGCUGUUUGACACAGUCUUCAUUCGAAACAUUCCUCUGCUGACAGUGAACAAAAAAACUCAAGCCAGGCGGCUCAUUACACUCGUGGAUGCCCUCUAUGAACAUAAGGUGCGUGUGGUGAUUCUUGCAGAUAACCCGCUGGAGGAUAUUUUUGUACAUGAUGGGGAUCACAGUCAUGAUGAGAGCCACAUUUUGAUGGAUGACCUGGGGCUGAAAAGGGAAGAAGCCAGCAGUCUGUCCAUCUUCAGCGGAGAAGAGGAAAAAUUUGCCUUCCAGAGGACAGUGUCUCGACUCACAGAGAUGCAGACAGAAGAAUAUUGGCUGGCAGGGGACAGAAGCACAAAAUCGCAGGUGUAACAUUUGGAAAGGCAACAGUGUUACCAAACUUGGUGCUUCUUAAUCUACACUCCUCGCUGCCUAUAACACCCCAAAACUAUACACUACUCAUCCUCAUCAUCCUAUCCAACACAAACCCAAUGGGACCGGUCAUCUGUAUGUGCACAAAUGUAGUGCAGAGACUAUUUAUUGUUAUUUAAUCAUUUUAUUGCGACAUUGCACUUUAAGGAUGAUUUAUAAGAUGAACUUUGGUGUGUCAUAUUGCUUUUAACUUGGUGCCAUUUUGAUGUCCAACGUUAAACACACACACACACACACACACACACACACACACACACACACACA